UAGUUGGUGUAUUGUUUUUGGAUAUUUCUAUGAACCAUAUCGUGUUCUGAGCCAUUUCCUCAGGUGUAUUCAUUUCACUAGAGUCGCAGGCCCUGAUCGGACACUCAGUUCCUCUUUCGCUUAGGGAUUUUUUGGCCUUUUGCUUAUCACACAAUAAAUACGACCAGACUAUAACUGUUCCCCAGACAAUACAAAAGACACAAGGCAGUGCGCCUUUGACACUUAGAAGAAAGAAUUUUCUACUUUGUUUUUAAGAUGGGCAGGUUUGUAUUUUUGGCUUUGCUUGGGAUGCUGUGUCUUAUCUCCAAAGGUUUUUCAACAAACUUGGAGAGGCUUAUGGAUAAUGUUCUGGUUUUGCGGGUGAGAAACAUUGAUGGCUCUAAAGUGCCUGUGCCCUUAAGCUGUGGAGAAGCUUUUCAAAAUGAGCAGGUGACCUGGAAGAAAAAUGGUGUUCCUCAACCAGGGCUGCAGGGGAACUACAUCCAGGUGACUGUCCAGGAGUGGGGAGGUGGCAACUACACCUGUCACCAGGGACCAGAGGGACCCACACUCAACUACACUGUGAUUAUGGUCCAACUGGAGCCCGACAACCGGACCGUCAUCCUGGAGCCGAGAUCCCACGAGCAGGAUUACAUCCAAUGUUUGACUCGAAACUACAGAGGCUUGUUCCAUUGCAGCUGGAGCAGAUCUGUGGAACGUUCAGACGCCACUGUGCUGCUGGUUAAAGGCCAUCGUAAUCACGAGCCGGUCCUGUGUGAGGUGGAGUCCAGUGGGUCGGGUAUGAGGUGUAGGGACAAUGUCUGUCCAUAUGAAGAAGAGCGACAUCGCAUCUCUCUGACCGUCUACAUGCGCAGUGUGUACCGACUGGAGGCCUACACCAAGGUCUUCUUCCUCAGGGAAAUCGUGACCCCUGGACCAUUCCCACACCUGCAUCUUAAUGGCAGUGUGUUCAAAUGGGACUAUCCUGAGUCCUGGGAGAAGCCCUGCAGUUUCUUCAGUCUGCUGUUUCAUGUCAAAGUGGUGCGCAAUGGAGAAGACUGCCACUCCAAUAAUCCUUUAGAUGAGAAAAACAUUUCUAAAACAGAAUACCCAAUUGAUCCGAUCAUCAUCAAACCAAAGAGGUUUGUUUUUUGUCUGAGAGCUCAGGACAAGCAUACAGAAGGACCAUGGAGCCACUGGAGUCACUGCACUGUGAACCGACUCCAUGACAAACCUGUCUGUUUCCUCUGAAUGUACUAAAUGUUUAAAUGUGUGUAC